AAAGAGCGCUACGCAUGCGCAGUAGCCGCGAAACGCUGGACUAUAUAAUGCUUGGCGCCAUCCAUCCAUUCAUUCGCACUGAACACUGCGGAGAAAAGCACACCAUUUGUUUAGAAGAUGUCAAGACGCAGUAGUCGCAACACAUUACAAGAAAGAAACGAAAAUGCACCAGAACAAAAUAAACCGCAGAUAAAAAGAAAAAGCGAGCAGUGCAAUAGAAGAGUCCCGUCAACAGCUAAGAAACAACACUAUGAAAUUCAGAACCGGUGUUUUGAAGGUGAUCUUAGUCCCAGUGUGUUAAUCGAGACUCCUCAGAAAGAGGUUCAUCAGGAGACCGGUAAUCUUUCUGGUUUCAAGCGCUUCAGAUUCAAGAACCUCUUUGUGAAACCCUCUCCGCUGCCAUGCCUCAGUUGGGCCAGUUCAGAUGAUGUGUGGAUAAAGAUGCUAAACAAGGAGCUGAAGUAUGUACAUGACAAGGGCUUUAUCCAGCAGCAUCCGUCCCUGCAGCCCAAAAUGAGGUCCAUUCUGCUGGACUGGCUCAUAGAGGUCAGUGAAGUUUAUACUCUCCACCGGGAGACAUUUUACUUGUCUCAGGACAUCUUUGAUCGCUUCAUGCUCACUCAAAAAGACAUCGGCAAAGAUCAGCUGCAGCUCAUUGGCAUAACGUCACUCUUCAUUGCCUCAAAGAUAGAGGAGAUUUACCCGCCAAAGCUCCAGGAGUUUGCUUAUGUGACGGACGGAGCCUGCAACGAGGAGCAGAUUCUUGCUAAAGAGCUUGUGAUAUUGAAGGCGUUGAAGUGGGAGCUCUGUCCUGAGACCGUCAUCUCAUGGUUGAAGCUCUACUCCCAAGUGGACUCUUCGAAGGACGAUGCUAAUUUCCUCAUUCCUCAGUUCUCGCAGGAAAUCUACAUCCAAAUCACACAGUUGUUGGAUCUUUGCAUUUUGGACAUUAAUUGUUUGGAUUACCAGUAUGGAGUCCUCGCUGCUGCUGCGUUUUGUCACUUUACUUCUUUUGAAACGGUCCAUAAAGUAUCAGGGCUCACAUGGGACAGCAUAUCAAGCUGUGUGCGGUGGAUGAACCCAUUUGCACGGGCGGUACGUGAAUGGCCCAGACCACAGCUGAAGGACUUCAAAAAGGUGGCGGCAGAAGGUCGACACAACAUGCAGACCCACGUGGACUACCUGGCCAUGCUGAGUGAAGCACAUGAUCGGCAGCAGGACAGCUUGGACCGGAUGUCUCCGUUGGCUGUAGCUGGAAUACUGACCCCUCCUAAAAGCACUGAGAAACCUGCUAACGCCUGACGUGUUUGAAGAGAACCUGCUAUUGCUAGUCUUUAUGUAAUGCCAUCACAGCACAACACACCCAGAGACUUGCAGCUGUGUGCGGUAUUUUAUUAUUAUUAUUUUUUUUUUUUUGGGGUGGGGGUUGAAUCCAGGCUGAGAUGCUGAAACAAACAAACCAGAUGUUCAGUUGUUGUGUGAAAUUGAGGGAGAACCUAAGUUUGGUUUCCCAGAGCAGUAUUUGAAGCACUCAAAAGUGCCUUCCAUCGAAGAAUGGAUUAAUAUCCAUUUUCUGAAGCUAGAAAUGAAAGGUUAAUGAUCUCAGACUGAACCUGCUUAAGAGCUUCUGGCUAUGUUGCCAGUUCAGUACAGAUGCUGCUGCUGCUUCAUGGAUCAUAUGUUACUAUUUUAUGUUAUGUAAAUACAAUUGAAUUUUAUUGUGAGUGUGUGUGUGUGUGUGUGAUGUGAAACGUAUGUUCUGAAUUUUGGCGUUAAUGUGGUCCGAUGCCAACCCAGAGGUGCUAACUGUGCUUGUUAAACAGGACGAGCCUGUACUACCAGCAGAAUCAGUUAUUGGCUUAUUUUCUUAAACCUUGUUUUCAUUCUCAAGAUACUCCUGUAAGACUUGACUGUUUUCACCCCUCAGAAGUGAAUUUACCAAACUGAAUUUAAGCAACCUGCGUAUUUAUUUCGUAUAGAUAGAUUUUUCAUUUUAAUAUUUGAAUUUCCUCAAUUGUGUUCCUCAAUGCCAAAGGCAUAUUUAAUAAUUUGAGGUGCUUGCUAUUUAUGAAUUUAAUGCCUUUUGUUUGUAGCAUAGCUUGAAUUAAAUUUGGCCUGGAAUUGAGCCAGUCAUGUUAGCUUCAUUGUUGAUUUAAGAACAGUGUAAAAAUGUACUAUGAAUUGUACAUAAGAUGUAUAUGUGUACAAAUAACAAUUUCAAGACUAAUGUGUAAUUUCCAAUGUGAAGUUAUUAAAAAGUGAAACGAGU